UGCUGCUGACGGAUCAUGAUUUGAAGUGGGAAGAAAAUAAAUGUGUUAUUUUUGUGAUGAGUGUUCGUGUUAUUAAUAAGAAUGCCAAUUCAGGCGCCGCAAUGGACGGACUAUCUCAAUUGUCCAGUGUGCUGCCGAGAGUUUGGUCCACCACCCCGGAGUCCUAUCAGCCUUGGAUGUGGCCACACGCUCUGCGGCCAUUGUCUUAAACACCUCCACAGAAAACAAUGCCCUUUCGACCAGACAGUGAUACAAUCGGAGCCCGAAGAGCUGGUGGUUAACACGGCGUUGCUAAAGCUCGUCGGGUACACGCCGCCGGCGCAGCCCUACCACCCGCCCUGCAUACAGGCGCUGCCGGAACACGAGCGGCAGGCCUACGACGUCAUAGUACGAUGCCUUGAACACCUCGCCAUAUACCUCAAGCUCUGCAGCAAUGCGGGCAGCAAUUUAUCCGGCAACCGGUUGUCGCGGCCGAUGCAGCGCAAGUUGGUGACGCUGCUGCAAUGCGCCGUCACCGAUGAGGAGGGCAGGGGCAGAGCGGCGCGUGCAGCCAGAUCCCUGGGCGAGAGGACUGUCACUGAAUUGAUACUGCAACACCAGAACCCUCAACAACUGAGCGCGAACCUUUGGGCGGCAGUGCGCGCGCGCGGCUGUCAGUUCCUCGGCCCAGCUAUGCAGGAGGAGGUCUUGAAGUUGGUCCUUCUGGCGUUAGAAGACGGCUCCGCUCUGUCGAGAAAGGUGUUAGUGAUGUUUGUCGUCCAAAGAUUAGAGCCUCAUUUUCCACAGGCUUCUAAGACUAGUAUAGGCCAUGUGGUCCAGCUUUUGUACAGAGCUUCUUGUUUUAAGGUAUCAAAGCGGGAAUGCGACUCGUCGUUGAUGCAACUGAAGGAGGAGUUUCGUACGUACGAGUCUUUGAGGCGAGAACACGACGCUCAGAUAGUCCAAAUCGCCACAGAAGCGGGACUCAGAAUAGCCCCCGAUCAAUGGAGCGCCCUACUCUACGGGGACACUGCACACAAAAGCCACAUGCAGAGCAUAAUAGAUAAACUCCAAACCCCUCAAUCUUUUGCGCAGUCGGUUCAGGAGCUAUUCAUAGCGCUGCAGAGAACGGGUGACCCGGCUCAGCUGAUCGCAAUGAGUAUGCACCUAGACAGACUCGCCAAUAUCGAUGCUAGUCCCGACGCAGAGAGUCCAACGUGGCAACAACUGGCGGAAAUCAUAAACUCGAUCAAGGAAGUGGUGUCAGGUCUAGUGCAUUAUCUACAGCAGGCGAACUGUCGUGACACCAAUCACAAUCAGAAACACGUACAAGACAGAACUUUGGAGCCGUCGACAACAGGUCAGCCGUCCCCACAGAAUGCAGCCAUGACUCCAACGCACGCGAGAUACAAGACGAUGUGCAGGUACCGGGGUACCAACAACAGUGGACAGGAGGUAACGAAUGGCAACUUCCAAUACAUGCCAGGUAUAUCAAUGCCGAUGCCACCGGCGAUGCCACAGCCGAUGAUGCCACAGAUGUACCCCGCCAUGCCAUAUCCGCCCGCGCCACAUAUCGACAACUUCAAUGUGCCGAAUGUGCCACCGCUCCGCCAGUACCCCGCUCAAGGUUUCCCGCAGGAACCGUACAGCGAGUUCCCGCCAGACAACAGAACAGACUGUAUCCAGAACGCAAACUUCCCAUCAUCGAACGUCGUCCACAAUGCACCGCCGAUGAAUCAGAACGGCCUCAUAGUGCCCAUACCGGAGCGGCCUUACUACGGGCGCUUCAACGAUAUGUCCCUGCCCGAGGACAAUAUGAAGUACCCUAGGCCAGAGUUCGUGGGUCCCGUGUACCCGGUACCCAGGUACCCGGCCCAGGAGGCCAUAUCCCCCAUGCCGAACAUGUUCAUGCCGGUGCAACACGAAGCGCCGAGAAACGUUAGCCCGUAUAAUUUUGAUGAUUUGCCAUGCAGUGGUUUUCCGGCGGCACCGUGCGAGAGGCGCAUGGACCCGACGUGGGCUCCUGCUAAUAAUGUAUUUAAUUUCGACGAAAUUAGGAGCACCCUGCCGCCAGCGCCUAACUCAGAUGAGGUAUAUUUGGUGCCCGACCGGUGGACUGUCGGCGCAGACAGGCUCACCGCAGUCACAAAUAGAGCGGAUGAUGAACUCGAAGAAGAAUUGCAGGCGUUGGAGAGAAGAAUCGACACAGAAUUCAAAAGCGCUGAUUAAGUAAUGUAUCUAUUACUUAAAGUAUAGAGUAAUAUAUAUUAUAUGUGUAAAGUACA